GCUCGCUCUCCAUGCCAGCGCUGCUCGGGCUCUCGCACACGCUCACGCUCACGCCACACACCGCGGGGAAGCUGCGCGCCGGCGCUGGCAUGGACUGGACCCUCCGCAGGAUGGACAGCGAGCUGAGGGAGAUCAACCCGGACCUGCUGCAGCCCAGCAAGAGCUUCAAGAAGCCGUCGUCGGGCACCGUCACCCUCAACGUCGGGGGCUACCUGUACGCCACCCAGAGGCAGACCCUGGCCCGGCACCCGGGCUCCCUGCUGGAGGAGGUGGCCAGCGGGAAGAGGCCCGUCCAGCACGUGGACGCCUUGGGCAACGCCUUCAUCGACCGCGACGGCCCCAUCUUCCGGCACGUCCUCAACUUCCUGCGGCUCGGGGAGCUUCUGCUGCCGGAGGACUUCAAGGAGGCGGGGCUGCUGCGGCGCGAGGCCGAGUUCUACCGGCUGGAGGACCUGGCGGACGCCGCGGCCGAGUGGGAGCAGCGGCAGGCCGCCCGGCAGGAGCCCGCCUUCCUCGAGGUCACCGACAGCCACGAGCGCUCCCAAGGCCUCAAGGUGUACUGCAGCGACCCGGCCUUCAUCGAGGCGGUCAAGGGCCGCCUGGUGCAGGUCUCCAAGAGCCGCCUGGACAGCUUCCCCGAGGAGUUCGAGGUCUCCUCCAACGUCAUCCAGUUCCGCCACUUCAUCAAGUCGGAGAUGGGCUCCCGGCUCGUGCUCAAGGAGGACAGCACCUUCCUGUGCAAGCUGGACUGCCUGAAGCUCGAGAUCGUCAUGCUGGCGCUCAGGGGCGGCUACCGCCUGCUCACCAGCCUGGACGGCACCCGGGGCUCCGUGGUCCAGUGCGAGGCCCUCCACUUCGUCAAGUGAGCGAACGGGGCACCCGGGAACCGCAAAAGGUCCCCUUUCCCCUCGUCGGCGAAACACUAUUCGUUCCCAUCUCGUGCUUUUCUUCGCUGUGACCCCCCCAGUGACCCUCCAUUUAUGAGCAAAAAAAAAGAAAAAAGAAGAGAUAUUUCAGUAUUGUGCGCUUGCUGCCCGCGUCGCGGUUUCUUUCCGUCACGCGCGCUUAGACUUUAACUUCCAGCUCCCGGCCGAGAUCGACCGGCACGUGGCUUCGAGCAACAGGCGGCUCGGGCGCUCGGACCCUUGGCUUUUCACCUCGCCCCUCAUCCGGCAGAAGCGGCCGAAGCACAAAGGCGAAGCAGCGUUGAGACGACCUAACUGCUACUGCAGCUUUCUGUUGAUUCCUUCUCACUGUACUCUACCGUACUGUACCGUACCGCACUGUGGACGCACAUAUGUGACUGAUGUAAGUGGAGCUGUGAGAGAGCAGUCGGUGAAAGUUUUUCAUAAUGCAUGUUCCUUUGAAUGUGAUCAUUAUAAAGCAGAGCCAUGUGACCUGUACAGUAAAGUAACUCUGAGCUUGUGUACCUGUGUAUCUGUGAUCAGGUUUUCCAUAAAAUAAAAAGUGA